GAAGGUGGCCUCUACUUUACUUUGGAUUUGCGCAACUCUCAAGGCUCUGUGAGAUCCAAUCCUCCUACCUUGCUUUCCAACUCGACUUCCUCGCGUCGACCCUUCUCUUCUCAUGGUUCAGGCGGGGUCUCUCACUUCCUGAUAUCACCCUUUACCUCUCCGCCACUCCUUUUAGCGUUUUCCUGCUUGGCGCAUUGUUGCGAAAGUACGACUUUUGGCUUACCCCCGUUGAUUCUUCCCACAACGCCUACGAGGCUACCGCAAACUCGUGACAGAGAUCGAUAGCACUUGAUACCACACUCCUCAUCCCGAAUUCACCAUGCCGGCAAAAUCGAGAUUUACAAGGCUCGACGCCUUCACAAAGACGGUCGACGAAGCACGCAUCCGCACAACCUCUGGUGGAAUUGUCACCAUCGUGUCGCUGAUCGUGGUCUUCUGGCUGGCCUGGGGAGAAUGGGUUGACUACCGGAGGAUAGAGAUCCACCCCGAGUUGAUCGUGGACAAGGGAAGAGGCGAGCGCAUGGAGAUCCAUCUCAACAUGACUUUCCCCAAGAUGCCCUGCGAACUCCUCACCCUGGACGUCAUGGAUGUGUCUGGCGAGCAACAGCACGGCGUUCAGCACGGUAUUAACAAGGUUCGCCUUCGUCCCCAGAAGGAGGGUGGUGGUGUCAUUGACAUCAAGGCCCUGGAUCUUCACUCACGCGACGAGGCUGCUGGGCACCUGGACCCCAACUACUGCGGCCCCUGUUAUGGCGCCCCGUCACCGGCGAACGCGCAAAAGGCUGGAUGCUGCAACACCUGCGAGGAAGUAAGAGAGGCGUACGCACAGGCUUCGUGGGCUUUCGGUAAGGGCGAGAACGUUGAGCAGUGCACGCGCGAGCACUACGCCGAGCGAUUGGAGGAGCAGCGCCAGGAGGGCUGCCGCAUCGAGGGUAACCUGCGCGUCAACAAGGUCGUCGGAAACUUCCACCUUGCCCCUGGUCGCAGCUUCAGCAACGGAAACAUGCACGUCCACGACCUCAAGAACUACUGGGACACCCCCUCCGACGCCCAGCACGACUUCACCCACACCGUUCACUCCCUGCGCUUCGGUCCUCAGCUGCCCGACACCGUCGCCAAGAAGAUGGGCAAGCGCGCCGCUGCGUGGACGAACCACCACGGCAACCCUCUCGAUAACACUCACCAGGAGACCAACGACCCCAACUACAACUUUAUGUACUUUGUCAAGAUCGUACCUACCUCAUACCUCGCUCUCAACUGGCAGAAGGGCUCCAGCCCCGAGGAGGAGAACUCUGGCCUCGGUCUUCUUGGCCAGGGAAGCGAUGGCAGCGUCGAGACUCACCAGUACUCCGUCACGAGCCACAAGCGCAGCUUGGCUGGCGGCGAUGACUCUGCUGAGGGACACAAGGAGCGUCUUCAUUCUCGCGGUGGUAUCCCGGGAGUCUUCUUCUCCUACGAUAUCUCUCCCAUGAAGGUUAUCAACCGCGAAGAGCGCGCCAAGACCUUCACCGGUUUCUUGACCGGCCUUUGUGCCAUCAUUGGCGGCACUCUCACUGUUGCCGCCGCCGUUGACCGUGGUGUCUUCGAGGGUGGACUGCGUCUCAAGAAGAUGCGCUCCAAGGAUAUGUAGAUUAGAGGGAUAGAAGACCUGGGGUUGUAAGUAGUCAAUAUGUGGUGGAAUUAUCUCGUACGCUGUGCAUCAAAAGUGGAGUUUGGGUGGCUUGGUAAAGAGGGCUUCAUCGUUUCAAUCAAUACAUAAAUAUCAAAUGUGCCUUUGGCG